CUUCGAGGGAGGCAUUAGGGGCAGAGGCCGACUGUCCCUGGUUAACUGGCUGAGCUGUCCCCAUGAAAGGCGUGUCAGAGAGUUACACACGCAGCGAUUCACAGGCGCAGAGCAGACAUGGCAGCACCUGCAGCUAAGGGGACCAGCAGAACAGCUCAAAAUGAUGUGGCUUCAAUAAAGAAGAAAGGACCGGGAGCCCUCGCUACAGCCUACCUGGUCAUCUACAAUGUGGUGAUGACGGCGGGGUGGCUUGUUAUAGCUAUUGGUUUGGUGCGUGCAUAUCUUUCCAAAGGCAGUUACCAUGGCCUAUAUUACUCAAUAGAGAGGCCCUUGAAAUUCUUCCAGACUGGAGCACUCCUCGAGAUUUUACACUGUGCUGUAGGAAUCGUUCCCUCGUCCGUGGUUCUGACUGGAUUCCAAGUUAUGUCCCGAGUCUUCCUUACCUGGGCAGUCACCCACAGUGUGAGAGAGGUACAAAAUGAAGACAGUGUUCUGCUUUUUGUAGUUGCUUGGACAGUAACAGAAAUCAUCCGCUAUUCCUUUUACACCUUCAGCCUCCUAAACCACCUCCCGUACCUCAUCAAGUGGGCCAGGUACACUCUGUUCAUUGUUCUGUACCCCAUGGGUGUGACUGGUGAGCUGCUCACAAUAUACGCUGCUCUGCCCUACGUCCAGAAGACCGGCUUGUACUCUGUAACGCUGCCCAACAAGUACAACUUUUCCUUUGACUACUACACCUUCCUCAUUCUCGUAAUGGUCUCGUACAUCCCACUUUUCCCUCAGCUGUACUUUCACAUGAUGAGACAAAGAAAGAAGGUAUUGGCAAGUGGGGAGGAGCAUCAGAAGAGCAAUUAAACCAGGAAUCGCCCCCCAGGAGGGAGAGAAGAGGACAUAUUUAACUGCUGUCUGCUGAGUCAAUGGCUACUUUGCAGAAGGACUCAGAACUUUUUUUUAAAUUAAAUAGUUUUUGGGACGAAUACUAACAAUGUAAUUGUUUGAGGAUGACUGUUUUGUUAAUUGCAUUUUGAAGUAAUUUGGAGAAGAAUAUUUUAAAAAUCUGCUUUAAAAAAAAAAAGCAGAAUAAAAUGUAUGUUUUG